AUGAUGGCGACGAAUUGUCCAGGCGACGAAUUGCCCGUCGACGAAUUGUCCGCGACGAAUUGUCCGUCCACCGCCUAUGGUGCUGCCAUUCUGGCGGCUAUUUUAACAGAUUAUCGAUCAGCGAAGAUCAAAGACGUAGUUUUACUUGAUGUAAUACCUUUCUCCUUGGGCUUUGAAACAGCAGGUGGUGUAAUGACAACCAUAGUCAAGCGUAACACAACUAUUCCUACAAAGCAAACUCAAACAUUUACAACUUAUGCUGAUAAUCAAUCUGUUUUCAAUGUUUGUGUUUACGAAGGAGAACGAUCCAUGACAAGAGACAACCGCUUACUGGGACAGUUUAGUCUGACUGGUAUUCCACCAGCACCCCGCGGUGUGCCACAAAUUGAGGUGACGUUUGAUAUUAAUGCUAACGGUGUCUUGAAUGUCUCUGCUAUUGAUAAAUCCACUGGACGUGAACAUAGAAUGACGAUUACAAAUGAUAAACAUCGACUGUCAAGCAGUGAUAUAGAAAGAAUGAUUACUGACGCUGAAAAUUAUAGAACAGAAGAUAAACUACAACGAGGUCGCAUUGAAGCGAAGAAUUCACUUGAGUUAUUUUGUUACAAUAUCAAUGCAACGCUGGUUGGUGAAAAUCUGAUAGGUCGAAUUGACUUUGUUGAAGAUACUUUAAGCUGGAUUGAAAUGAAUGAGUUUGCUACAAAAGAAGAGUUCGAAGACAAAAUGAAACAAGUGGAAAUAUUGCAUGCGGCAAUACUCUCAAAAGAUCAGCAAGGCAAAUCUUUGACCAGUACACCACGGGUUAUUAUUAAUGAAAGAAAUCGAACGGUACGUAUCGUAUGUCUGAGUGAUACAUACUCUCGAUAUGGAUUUACACUUCCUGCUGGCGAUAUCCUAUUGCAUACAGGCAACUUUUCGAUGUCAGGCGAACAAAAUGAAAUCGAACAGUUCGUUGCGGUUUUCAAGUCUCUAUCACAAUUUCGACUGAAAAUAUUCAUUGCGGGCAAUCACGAUAUCACUCUAGACGAAAUGUUCUAUGAGAACAAUUGGAAACGUUGGCAUAGCAAUCGCAAACAAAAUGCUACACAACUCAAACAACUUCUAUGUGAUCCCUCAUUAGCAAUCAAUUAUGGAAUUGUUUAUUUGGAAGAAAAGCAGUUCAUUGAUAAUGUUACUGGUCUGAAAUUUUAUGGCAGUCCGUAUCAACCAGCAGAUGGCCAUUCAGCUUUUAAUUUACCAAUCAACAGUAUCGAAAUUCGAGAUGCCUGGUCUCGAAUCCCGGAUGACGUGAACGUUCUUCUCACUAACUGCCCGCCGACCAACAUACUUGAUAAAAAUAACCUAAACAUACAUGUUGGCUGUGCUCAACUGCUUGCUCGUGUUACUUCAAUCAAACCACGUUUACAUGUAUUUGGUCAUGUUCGUGAAGCAUGCGGACGUGUAAAUCGUGACUUGACGACAUUUGUUAAUGCAUCGAUUUGUAAUCUGAAUUAUGAAACUGUACACGAACCUAUUGUCAUCGAUUUGGAGUUAAAGGACUGA